GCCUCAGCCUCCCUGCCGCCAGCGAACCGGUUUCCUUUUUCCGGCGCUCCGGGUUGCGAGAGGCUGGUCCGGCCAGCUCGGCGUUGAGCCACCGAGCAAGCCCGGCACUCGCCCGAGGACCCCGAACGCUCGCGUUUACCCCGCCAGGGCAGCUGAGGCGCCAUGAGCAACGCGGGACUGAAUGUGGAGAGGGUAUCGGCGCUCAUCCAGAAGCUGAAUUCCGACCCCCAGUUCGUCCUGGCCCAGAAUGUGGGCACCACCCACGACCUGCUGGACAUCUGCUUGAAGAGGGCCACGGUGCAGGGCGCCCAGCAUGUUUUCCAGCACGUUGUGCCCCUGGAGGGCAAGCCCGUCACCAACCAGAAGAGCUCAGGGCGAUGCUGGAUCUUUUCUUGUCUAAAUGUUAUGCGACUUCCAUUUAUGAAAAAGUUAAAUAUCGAAGAAUUUGAGUUUAGUCAGUCUUAUGUGUUUUUCUGGGACAAGGUUGAACGCUGUUAUUUCUUCUUGAAUGCUUUUGUGGACACAGCUCAGAAAAACGAGCCCGAGGAUGGGAGGCUGGUGCAGUAUUUGCUUACGAACCCCACAAAUGACGGUGGGCAGUGGGAUAUGCUUGUCAACAUUAUCGAGAAGUAUGGUGUUGUCCCUAAGAAAUGCUUCCCUGAAUCACACACGACAGAGGCAAGCAGAAGGAUGAACGAUAUUCUGAAUCACAAGAUGAGAGAAUUCUGUAUACGACUACGGAACCUGGUACACAGUGGAGCAACCAAGGCAGAAAUCUCGGCCACGCAGGACUCCAUGAUGGAGGAGAUAUUCCGGGUGGUGUGCAUCUGUUUGGGCAAUCCACCAGAGACGUUCACCUGGGAGUAUCGAGACAAAGAUAAAAAUUAUCAGAAGAUUGGCCCUAUAACACCCUUGGAGUUUUACAGGCAACAUGUCAAGCCACUCUUCAACAUGGAAGAUAAGAUUUGUUUUGUGAAUGACCCUCGGCCCCAGCACAAGUACAACAGGCUUUAUACAGUAGAGUACUUAAGCAAUAUGGUGGGUGGGAGAAAAACUCUGUAUAACAACCAACCCAUCGAGUUCUUGAAAAAAAUGGUUGCUGCUUCCAUCAAAGAUGGAGAGGCUGUGUGGUUUGGCUGUGAUGUAGGAAAACACUUCAAUGGCAAGCUGGGCCUCAGUGACAUGAAUGUCUAUGAUCACGAGUUGGUGUUCGGUGUCUCCUUGAAGAACAUGAAUAAAGCUGAGAGAUUGACUUUUGGUGAGUCACUUAUGACCCACGCCAUGACCUUCACUGCUGUCUCGGAGAAGGAUGAUCGGGACGGUGUAUUUGUGAAAUGGAGAGUGGAGAAUUCGUGGGGUGAAGACCAUGGCCACAAAGGUUACCUGUGCAUGACCGAUGAGUGGUUCUCCGAGUACGUCUACGAAGUGGUGGUGGACAGGAAGCACGUGCCGGAAGAGGUGCUGGCUGUGUUGGAGCAGGAGCCCAUCGUCCUGCCGGCCUGGGACCCGAUGGGGGCCUUGGCCGAGUGAUUCUGCCCAGUGCUGUCCUCCUCCCGUGGGACCUGAAGUUGCUGCAAAGGACAGAUCCAGGGACUGAAGCCAAAGUUACAGAGGUGACUGUUUCCCCACAGGACACGGUCAGACUUUGGGAUUUCCAGUCUCCUCCAGGAAUCUCUUCGGGAAAGUGUGCUUUAUGCUGAAACAAAAUAUUCAUAAAAAGGGAAAAAAAAAAAACGGGACUAUCAGGUCACUGUCUAUUUUCUCAUCCCCAGCAGCUCAGGAUCUCUUAGCAUUUUAAUCACAUGUGAAUGUUUGUCUUCACUUGGCACAACGGUUUGAUCCAGUGUCUGGGUUCUACUGCGACAGGAGAGGAUGAAGUGUAUGGGGAGGAAACGCCUAAGGCUCCUUGUUCUUAGCGUAGAGCGGGGGAAGGGUUCCCCAUAACCGAGCUCACAGCGCUUCCUGCUGCCCGCCAGCAACGCCGUCCUCCCAGGAGGCAGUCACUGACCUCGCUGUCUCCAGGUGACUUCGCGUGCCUCUCACAGCCCCAGAAUAGGAGGUUGACCAGGCCUGACACGAUUCCUUCCUGUUGUCCUGAAGCGCGGGGAGCUCAGCUCUACUUGGGUUCAAGCAGAAGCUUAGAGAAAGCUGGGUGAGACAACAGCUGAAACCUUAUCAUGAUCUCAAUUGUAAUUCUUAGGGGAGCUGUAGCCAAGUGGCUGAACUUCUGCCUCUCUGUCGGAUGGGGGUCGGGUGGGCAGAAAAAUGUGUUAUCCGUUCUUUCUGACAACUAGAUGGUGCUGAGAAGCUUUUGAAUAAAACACUUUGUUAAAUGAGA